AUGCCGCUUGCAACGCGGUUGCUCCUGCUGCUGCCUGUACUAGGCACAUGUCAAACUAAUCUCGAAGACCUGAGGUUUCUGCAGAAUGUAGUCCAGCAAGUUGCCGAUGAAGAACGCUGGACAAAUACGCCGUUGUUCAUGAGUCAUCCCCAACGAUUGGAGGAUUUGAAUCCCUUCAUCGAAUGGCUGCAUACCAACUUAAGUGUGACCAGCUACGUUUUCGAUUCAAAUGGUAUGCCAAAUACUUAUGAUCCGCUAAGGAAUCACAUCAAUAACGAUGCCCUGAGCCUGCUCUUCUGCUACAGCAGCGAUGAGAUCAUCUUCUGGCAGCUGGACCAACGCCUAAGGAAACUGCGAGCUAGUCGCCUCAUUGUCUAUCUGUCAAAUCAGCGAGAGAAGUUAGCGCUGGGUAAACUGUUCGACAAACUAUGGAGUCUGCAGUUCCUUCAGACGCUUAUGCUGCACAAGCAGCGAAUCUACAGCUACACACCGUACCCCAAAGUGCGCUACUUUGAGCUGAAUCUAGCCGGGAAAGGACUGUUGUUUCCAGCACCGUCACGUAAUCUAAAUGGCUAUGUGGUGUCCACUCCCGCUGAGAACGAUUUACCGCGUGUGUUUCAGGUGCAAGAUCAGCGAACAGGCAAACAUCUCAUACGCGGCUUUGGCUAUCGCAUCUUUGCCGAGUUUCUUCGUCGUCACAAUGCCCAGCUGAUCAUCAGCAAUGCUGGCCAGGAUCUGGACGCUGGCAGCAGCGUGGACAUGACACGCCUCCAGCAGCUGAUUGGUGACAAUCGCCUGGAGAUCACAAUGCAUCCAUAUGUGGGCAUCGAUCGUGAACUCGGCAUCCUCAGCUAUCCCCUGACAAUCGCUCAGAAUUGCCUCAUUAUGCCAGUGCGCAACGAGAUCCCUCGCUACAUGUACCUGCUGCGUCCAUUCCAUUGGACCAGUUGGCUCCUGCUGCUAGCCGCCGUUGUCUACAUCAGUGUGGCGCUGCACUGGCUCAGUCCCUCCCUGAGCGCCAGUCCAGGACGCUGUUUGCUCGAAGCUCUCAGCCAGCUGCUGUUCCUUAGUUCACCCAGCCGCAUCUAUGGACCUUCGGUGCGGUAUUUUCUGGUCUCGCUGCAGCUAUUUGUGCUGGGAUUCAUAGUGACCAACUGGUAUUCGAAUCAGUUGAGCAGCUCGCUGACUGCCACCUUGGUGGGUGAGCAGGUGGACACCUUUGAGCAACUUAUUGCACAGCAACAACGCAUAUUAGUCAAGCACCAUGAGAUACCCAUGCUGCUGCAGCAGGUGCCACCGCAUCUGGAGGAGCAGGUGUCCAAUUUGGUAGUUGGCGCCGAGGCUGGGGAGCAGGUGAGAGCAUUGCUCAGCUUUAACACUAGCUACUCGUAUCCGUUCACUGUCGAACGCUGGGAGUUCUUUGCGCUGCAGCAGCAAUACGCCCACAAACCCAUCUAUCGCUACUCGACGGUCUGCCUGGGCGCUCCUGUCAUCGGUUAUCCCAUGCGCAAGGAUUCGCACCUAGAAAAUCUGCUAAAGCACUUCAUAAUGUGGGUGCAGAGCACGGGGCUCUAUCGGCACUGGACCGUCUCUGACUUCAAUGAUGCCCUCAGGGCAGGCUACAUGCGUCUCAUCGACAACUCGGACAACUUUAAGGCCCUGAAUCUGGACACCUUCCGCCUUGCGUGGUACGUUCUACUUUGCGGUUGGCUGCUGGCCGCAUUGGUUUUUGUUUGCGAGCACCGCAACGUCUUCAGCACCGUCUCAAGUCGCACCUGCCAUUGA